CAAAAUAGUUUUCGAGGAAAGUAAUAUUUGCAAUUUUUUUUUUUAUAAUAGAAAAAAGAAAAAUCAUAAGUAUAGCCCACUUUAAUUGUCCUGAAAUCUUUGGAGGUAUUGCCGAGGAGAAGCUGUGAGGAACUUCAUUACCAUAGCCUCCUCCAGAAAGUGUAAACAAGCCAUUGUUAUAAAAGCUCGAAAACCCAUUUCAAAUCUUGAGCUUCCAAAGCCAAUACAUAGUGUUGAAGUGGAAGGAGAGAAAAAAAAAAAAAAAAAAAAACUAAAAAAAAGGGUUCAGAGUCUCAGCGAGAGUUUCAUUAAUGGCGUCCGGUGAGUCUGAAAGUGACACGGUGCUGCAGAGAAAAACCUUGGCGGUUGGGUUGGGCAUAGCUCUUAUUGUUAGUCAUUAAUGUUUACCUUCUUCUUCAAACGCCGUGCCAUCCUCUACAGGAGAAUUGUAAUUGACAUUAUCUAUAAUUUCUUAUCAAAUUAGUGACCAAAAAGUCCAGAUUUUUUUAUUUUUAUUUGUUUAUCCAAUUAUUUUUGGGUUCUUUUUAGUGGGGCGGUUGGUUGUCGUGUUUGUAGAGGAUGAAAACUGCAUCGAAUGCAGAAACAUAGCUCGUGAUUGGAGGUAAGAAGUUUCGGAAUACUAAAAAAAAAAAAAAAAAAAAAAAAAGAAGAAGAAGAUUUCUUGUUAUCUUGGUUGAUUGGUCUUAGUCCAAGUAUUCGUAGUGACGCCAAGUGCUAAUUAAUGAAGAAGAACGGAGGAAGAUGAAGCUCCAUAGACGACAAUGAACAUCUGCUGUACAGAGUCACAAAAAACCAUGGAAGGUCGGCUUGGUGUGUUUAUGAUAGCUCUAGUUUUGUUAUUGUUGUUUGUUCAGAGUGGGUUAGCCCAGGAAGAAGUGCGUUUAAACUCCAGCAUUGAACGGUCGGCAUUACUAGACCUCCGGACGUCGUUGGGGCUCAGAGGCAAGGACUGGCCCAUAAAAGGUGAGCCAUGCAAAUGGAUCGGCGUAGAGUGCAGCAAUGGCCGAGUGAUUGGGAUAACUAUUUCUGGGUUGCGGCGAACCCAUGAAGGGAGAAAGAAACCUACUUUUGCCGUUGAUUCUCUGGUCAAUUUGACAUCCUUGGUUUAUUUCAAUGCUUCUGGGUUUUAUCUUCCUGGGUCUAUACCUGACUGGUUUGGUCAGAGCCUUAAUGCUCUCCAAGUGCUCGAUCUUCGGUCUGCUUCAAUUUUAGGUCCAAUACCUUCGUCACUUGGUGGUUUGAGUAGACUUACUCAGCUGCAUCUAUCUCACAAUAAGCUCACUGGCAGUAUACCUUCUUCACUGGGACAGUUGGAGGAACUAUCGGUUCUCAAUCUUUCCCAGAAUUCACUUACCGGGUUCAUACCUUCUGGUUUCUCAUCGCUUGUCAAUCUUACCCGGCUUGACCUUUCUUCAAAUUUCUUAUCUGGGUCAAUUCCACCAGAUUUGGGUAACCUUUCGAGACUCCAAUUCUUGAGCCUUUCUGACAAUAGUCUUGCUGCUUCUAUACCUGUUCAGUUGGGUGACCUUGCUCGAUUGCUUGUGCUUAAUCUCAGUAAGAAUUCUUUGUCCGGGUCAUUGCCUUUGGAGUUGAGUGGGUUGAGGAGUUUGAGGAGGAUGGACAUAGGAGAUAACAGUAUAGAAGGUCAACUGCCAGAGGGUUUGUUUUCGAAUCUUUCUCAGCUGCAGGUUGUAGUUCUGACGGGGAAUAAACUUGAUGGUGAACUUCCUGUUGCAUUGUUGUCGAUUCUCAGUUUGCAGAUCCUUGAUGUCUCCAGUAACAAUUUUACAGGUUUUCUGCCAAGUCUGAGUACAAACGGAACUGGUGCUCAGUUCAAUCUCUCAAACAAUAUGUUAUAUGGAAAUCUUACUUUUUCACUCAGUAAAUUUAGUUGGAUUGAUUUGUCCAGUAACUAUUUUCAAGGCAAGUUACCUGAACAUAGUCAAGGGAAUGUUACUGUUACUAAAAAUUGCCUACAGAUGGACAAUCAGAGGAGCUGGCAGGAUUGUAGAUUGUUCUAUGCCGAGAGACGCUUACCUUUUGAUGAUCCUAUGCCUCCUGAAUUGGAAUCUGACUCAAAGAGCAAUAAAAGAUUGAUUUUCAUACUGGUCGGGAUAUUUGGUGGAAUUUUCUUCAUUGUGCUUUUGGUAGUGGUGCUGUUAGUUCUCCGGAAAAUAUGUGAUAAGGACAUUGCAAGCCAAAGAGGCAGUGCGAAUGUGGGGCCUGUUCCAGUGGACAGCCCUUCACUUCCUAAAGAUCCAUCUGUAUCAUGGGUGGGAGAAUCAUUUAGCUAUGAGCAGAUGCUCCACUUCACUUCCGAUUUUAGUGAAACAAAUCUUAUCAAGCAUGGACACUCUGGAGACCUCUUCAAGGGAUUUUUGGAAAGUGGGAUGCCUGUAGUUAUAAAAAAGGUAGAUCUGCGUUCCUUCAAGAAAGAAUCAUUUAUGAUGGAAAUGGAAUUCUUCAGCAAGGUUUCACAUGUAAGAUUUGUCCCACUAUUGGGACACUGCUUGGAGCAUGAGGGCGAAAAGUUUUUUGUUUACAAGUACUUGCCAAAUGGAGAUUUGGAAAAUUCCUUGCACAGAAAUACUAGAGUAGAAGAUGACAGAUUACAGUCCCAGGAUUGGAUAACAAGAUUAAAGAUUGCAAUUGGAGCUGCUGAAGCCCUUGCCUACCUACACCAUGACUGCACUCCUCCUCUUGUUCACAGGGACAUUCAAGCAAGCAGUAUCCUUCUUGAUGAUAAAUUUGAGGUGCGACUUGGAAGCUUAAGUGAGGUCCAUGCCCAAGAAGGUGAUGCUAACCAAAAUGUGCUCACAAGACUGUUGCGAAAAUCACAAACCUCUGAACAGGGCCUUUCUGCUCCAUUGCCAAUGACUUGUGCUCAUGAUGUGUACUGUUUCGGGAAGGUUUUACUUGAGCUUGUGACGGGUAAGCUAGGUAUCAGCAAAGCAAAUGAUGCCUCAACAAGAGAGUGGUUGGACAACACGAUUCGUUGCAUAAGUAUAUAUGACAAGGAACUGGUUACAAAAAUUGUUGACCCAUCUCUAAUCAUAGAUGAGGAUCUAUUGGAAGAGGUAUGGGCCAUGGCAAUUGUAGCCAGGUCAUGUCUUAACCCCAAACCUUCCAAACGUCCUCCUAUGAAAUAUAUCCUCAAAGCAUUGGAAAACCCUCUAAAGGUGGUGAGGGUGGAGAGUUCCAGCUCUGCAAAGUUGCGAACAACUUCAUCGAGAAGAUCUUGGAGUGCUGUUUUCUUUGGUAGCUGGCGACACAGCUCUUCGGAGAGUGGCACUGCUCCAGGCAACACGAACAGAGACAGUUCCAGCGGCUCAAAGCAUGCAGGUAGAGUAGGUUCUCAAGGCAGUGGUGGAAACAGAUUAUCCAAUGAAAUUUUCCCAGAACCAGUUGAAAUGCAAGAUGUGGAGAGACAAGAUUCCCAUUAGAUGAGUGUUUGUGAGUUCAUCACAAACGAUUGUGUGCAGCUUUUUGGUUAAGUGGCAACCCAAUAGCAUUCCACUGCCGAGGCAAGUUUAUCUCACCUGCUUCCCAACUAAAGUGAUAACAGUAGUGGGAUUGGUAAGCUGAUACUUUCCUCUACGAGGAAGAUUCAGGCUAGGUCGAGAUUGCUGAGGUCCCUUAAUCAAAAGGUGAAGAAAUUGGUUAAAUUGAGCCAGUUCUUACAGAUAUUGAAGCUUUGUUUACCUCGAAAACAAGCUGCCAAUUUUCUUUGUAAUUGAUAUUUCUGAUACAACCCAUUGGUGGAAUCCGAAAUUGUGGUAGAUUGGACUUCACCGUGACUUUUUCACAUUAAAAUUUGCUAAGGCAUUUCGUUGUCCCCAAUGAAGACGAUUGAAUGGAACUGCUUUUUAUA